AUGGCGGACAAGCUGGACCGCAGCCUUGACGAGAUCCUCGGCGAGAAGAAGAGCGACGGCCCUCGCAACAACCGUGGAAACGGUAGAGGUGCCCCCCGAAGACGCGAACGCGAACGCCAGGAAUACCCUCGCGACGGCGUUAGAAAGUCCUUCCGUGACGAGCCUAGAAACCUCGAUAGGGAUUCCAGCAGCUCAAAAAUCCGCGUCGAGAACAUCCACUACGAGCUGACUCCUGAAGACUUGGAAGUACGAAUUGGCCCUGUCGCGAAGUUGGACCUCAAGUAUGAUCGCGCUGGUCGCUCGGAGGGCGUUGCCUUCGUUACGAUGGAGUCCCGCGAGGAUGCUUUGGACGCCAUUAAGCAGUUUGACGGUGCCAAUGCUAACGGCCAACCGAUCAAGCUGUCAAUCAUGGGUGGUGGAGCUGGCAGUCGAUCUCGCAACCCCUUUGACUCGGCGGUGAUGCCAGGCCGUCCACUUGCAGAGCGAAUCUCUGCUCCCGGCGGUCGGUCGAGAUCCAUGUCUCCUGGACGAAGAUACGAUGUCGACGAGGCUGCUGAGAGAGGCAUUGACAGAUACGUUCCAGGAAACCGCGGAAACCGUUCGCGAAGCCCUAUGCCCCGCCGGCGCGGAAACGGUGGCGGUGGCGGUGGCGGCGGACGCAGACCCGGCGCUCGCAGAGAGGGCGGUAGAGACGGUGGAAGAGACGGUGGUAGAGAUGGCGGCAGAGACCAGGAAGGUGGAAGAGGUGGCCGCUCGGGUAGAGACGGCCGUACUCGGAAGACCCAGGAGGAACUGGAUGCCGAGAUGGCUGACUACUUUGGCGGAGGAAACUCCGGAGAGACUGCGCCUCAGCCGAAUGGUGGCGCUGCCGCUGCCGCGGUACCCGCCGCGAACGACGAUAUCGAUAUGAUCGAGUAG